GUUGAAGGGUAUUCGGGUCAAGGUCAUAACCUAAUUCUCGCUUUUCAUAAAUUGACUAGUGAUGCUAUUCCGGGGUUUGACCUCAACAAUCUUGGCUAACAAAACAGGAUUUGUGUCUCUCACUAAACAUGCUAAGCAGUUUCAUCUCGGUACUUCAUCAAAUGCUGAGGAAAAGAAGACUGUUACUCUCCUACCUGGUGAUGGGGUGUGGCCAGAACUCUUCGUUUGUGUAAAGUCAGUUUUCAAAGAAUUCAAUGUACCUGUUCAGUUUGAGGAGGUGAAAUUUGGAUUUAACAAUAAUUUAGAUCCAAAUGGUGGUCUCUAUAAUGCUGUCAACUCUGUUACUAAAAACAAGGUCGGUUUAAAAGGAAUUGUCCGUACACCUGUCGAAACUCAGGGAUCUAGUGCACUUAACCUAAGAAUGAGACGAGCUUUGGAUCUGUUUGCCAACGUUGUUCACAUUCGUACGUUGAAAGGGAUCCCAAGCUUUCAUCAGAAUCUUGAUUUAGUCAUCAUACGUGAACAGAUAGAAGGAGAAUAUUCGUCACUGGAACAUGAAUCUGUUAAGGGCGUAAUUGAGUCCUUAAAAAUUAUAACACGAAGUAACUCUGAACGAAUUGCAAAAUUUGCAUUUGAUUAUGCUGUCCGCAAUAAGCGUAGGAAAGUUACUGCUGUUCAUAAAGCUAACAUUAUGAAAUUAAGUGAUGGUUUAUUUCUCGAAACUUGCCAAAAUAUGGCCAAACUUUAUCCACAUAUUCAGUUUAAUUCAAUGAUUAUAGAUAAUUGUUGUAUGCAACUGGUCAGUAAUCCUGAACAAUUUGAUGUGAUGGUUAUGCCAAACCUAUAUGGUAACAUUGUUGAUAAUCUUGCUGCUGGUUUGGUUGGUGGUGCUGGGGUUGUACCGGGUGUAUCAUAUAGUCAUGAAUUUGCUGUUUUUGAACCGGGCACUAGACAUUCAUUCAAUGUGGCAUCAGGCAAAAAUAUGGCUAAUCCAACAGCGAUUCUAUUAGCCAGCUCAAAUUUAUUACGUCAUAUCAAUUUAGAAAGUUAUGCCAAUAAAAUUGAAACAGCUUUACUUAAAAUUAUUAAAUCUAAGAAAGCAUUAACUUCUGAUAUCGGUGGUUGUUCAUCUACAACUCAGUUUACAGAAGCAAUGAUAGAACAAGCUCAUAUUUCUUAAUUAUAUCAUACAAAGACUACUCUAACUUUUAACUUAAACAGUUAUCUAUUAGAUAUAUGCUUUUUGUAUAGUGGUCAUAAGUUUGAAUCUAAUUCUAGCUUAUGACUAGUAUUCUAGUUCCUUUGUAUUGUGUAUCAAGCAGUCAGUAGAUUAUUACUAUUAUUAAUGAUGGUAAAAUAAGUCACUGAUCCAUGUUAAAAUGUUAUGCUUGUAAAUAACUACGCAUUUACGAAUUCUUUUUAUUUUCAAGACAGUGUCGUUAUUCUAUUGAACUGAAAUUAAUCUAACUUUCUAAAUUCAAGUUGGAUCAUUCUCACUCAUAGUUGAUCCGAAAUCAAUAGCCUUUCAUUCCCUAUUAUUUUAAAGCUUGUUUCAUAUAUAUAUCCUUUUACAAAUGCAUAUACUUGAAAUAGUUUGAGAAA